AUGGCUACUACAUUACCAGAAUUUCCACCCUUUGAUGUAGGUUUGGAACCUUCGUCACUGGGAUUACAAUGGAAAAAGUGGACAGCUCGGUUGGAAAAUUUGUUUAUAGCUCUGGCUAUCGAAGAUAAGAAGCGACAGAAAGCGCUUCUAUUACAUUAUGGUGGGUCACAAUUGUGCGAUAUUUACUAUACACUUGAGAGUGAAGAAGAUGAAGAGUAUCAACAUUUAAAAGCUAAGUUAAAUUCAUACUUUGAGCCAAAGAUCAACAUUACUUUUGAGACAUAUAACCUUAGACAACUAGCCCAGGCAGAAGACGAGUCUAUCGAUAAAUUUGUUACUAGACUUCGUGAGGCUGCUAGUCGAAGCCAGUUUAACGAUACUGCACGGGAGAUUAAAGAUCAGAUUGCAACAGCUAUGGAAGGUGAACCAGGAGUUCUAAAGGUGGGUCGAAAAGAUGCUGUUGUUAAAUCUGAUAACAAGGAUCAGUUGAAGCCAAAGGAUAAUGACAAGGUAUGUUUCAGCUGUGGUGGAUCAUGGCCACACCCAAAAGGAAGGCGUUCCUGCCCAUCUUACGGGUUAGAUUGUAGACGGUGUGGUACAAAGAAGCAUUUUGCACGCAUGUGCAAAAACAAGAAGAAUGUAAGAAUCAUUGCUGGGUCGGACGACAGUGAGACUGAUGAUGACAGUUAUCGGGUUUCAUCAGUGAAAAGUGGCAAGAAAUGUCGCAGACAUGUGACAGUGAAAGUUGACAGUCAUCCGGUGCGCUUUCAAGUUGACUCGGGUGCUGAUGUCAACAUUAUGGAUGAAAAAACAUUUUCACAUAUUAAAGAGAGAGUAAAAUUGUCAAGGUGUACCACUCGACUUUAUGCAUAUGGCUCCAGAAACCCUUUGCCACUGUUGGGCAAAUUUACGGCAACGUUAUCUAACAGUGAGAGGUAUGACGUUGCCGACAUUUAUGUUGUACAUGGCACCCAAAAUGCGGGGUCACUUCUGGGGUCAGGAUCAGCAACAGCAUUGGGAAUUCUGAAAAUUGUUAAUCAGGUAAAUGUCAAUGGUAAUCAGAAUGGGGGCAGAGCUUCAGCAACUGAAAAGGGUGCUCGAGUAUCCACACCACAAGGGCAAACUGGCUCGGUUAACUCUGUCGAUCAAUUGGUGGCAGAAUAUGAUGAUUUGUUUCAAGGAAUAGGCAAAUUGAAGGGGGUACAAGUUAAGCUGCAUAUUGAUGAACAAGUCCAACUGGUCGCACAGAAGCACCGUAGAGUUCCUUUUCACCUGCGAGAAAAAUUAGAUGCUGAACUAGAGCGUUUGGAGAAAGCUGAAAUUAUCGAGAAAGUCGAGACAGCCACAAAUUGGGUCUCGCCAAUUGUCAUUACGCCGAAAAAUGGCACUGAUGAAAUACGCAUGUGUGUUGAUAAGGGAGCGCCCAAUCGAGCAAUUAAACGGGUAAGGCACGUAAUUCCGACAAUUGAAGAUCUACGGCAUGAUGUCAAUGGUGCGAAGGUCUUUUCGAAACUGGACUUGGCAAAUGGUUUUCAUCAGCUGGAGCUCCACGAGGACAGCCGAGGGGUUACCACGUUCUCAACACAUGUAGGCCUCCGUAGGUUUCGCCGUCUCAACUUCGGUACCAACUCUGCGCCAGAGAUUUUUCACGAAGAGCUUCGUAAAUUGCUCACGGGAAUUAAAGGUGUUCGUAAUAUUCACGACGACAUCCUGGUAACAGGGGUUGAUAUUCAAGACCACUACAGAGCGUUGUCAGAGACAUUCCAGCGACUUCGAGAGGCAGGCCUAACACUUAAGCGAUCUAAGUGUGAGUUCGAGAGGUCCGAGUUGACAUUUUUUGGACUGGUUUUCACCAAGGAUGGAAUUCGCCCAGAUCCAGAAAAAGUGAAAGCCAUACAACAUCUCAGCCCCCCGAAGAAUGUAGCUCAACUUCGGUCAUUCUUGGGAAUGACAAACUAUUCCGCACAGUUUAUUCCGGACUAUGCGACUCUCGUUGACCCUCUUCGUUCUUUGACAAAGAAAGAUGUUCAUUGGGUGUGGACAGAAGGAGACCAAGAGUGUUUCGACAAGCUCAAAGAAAGCUUAAAAGAAAAUGCUUUGCUGAAUUACUACGAUCCUAGCCUCCCUACGGAAGUAGUGUGUGACGCAUCUCCAGUUGGCGUGAGUGCUAUAUUAGCUCAGUAUAAGUCGGGGGAGACAGUGCCGAGGGUAAUUGCAUAUAACAGUAGAACGCUUACACCCGUGGAAAGAAUGUAUGGCCAGAUAGAGAGAGAAUCUCUAUCAAUCCAGUUUGGGUGUCUAAAAAACCAGCUGUACUUGUUGGGUCACGAGUUUACGGUCGUAACAGACCACCAGCCAUUGGUCUGUCUGUAUAAUAAUCCCCGACGCCCAGGACCAUUCCGUGUGGAGAGAAUGAGGUUAAAGCUGCAAGGUUUUAGCUUCAAAGUUGUAUAUCGCCCGGGCAAGUUUAAUCCAUCUGAUUAUACUUCGCGACAGCCUCUGUCUAUGGUACAUUCCACCAAGGCAGAUCUGGCUGCGUCAAAAGAGUUGGAAUCUCACGUACACUGGGUGGUUGAAGGAGAUGUGCCAUUGCCUUUAAGCCUUAACGAUAUACAGAGAGAGACGAUGAAAGAUCGGGCCCUAAGCAAAGUCUAUGAACAUUUACAACAGGGAACUGUUUUUAGAAAAGAAGAUAAAGAUCUACAACCUUAUCAGAGCGUAGCUGGCGAGCUAUCUAUCGCGCAUGGGGUUAUUAUUCGAGGCCGGAGAAUAGUCCUGCCCACGUCGUUGCACAAGAAAGUAAUUAAUACCGCACAUGAAGGACACCAAGGUCUAAUUAAGACCAAACAGCUCUUACGAUCCCGAGUGUGGUUUCCAAGGUUGGAAAAGAAGGUGGAAUCCUGCAUAAAUACUUGUAUUCGGUGUCAAGCAACCGUACAUACGGCAUCGCAAGAACCGGUUAAAUCCACAACACUACCAAACGGUCCAUGGGAGUGUUUGUCUAUGGAUUUCUAUGGCCCGAUGCCAUCGGGAGAAUACGUGUUAGUGGUUAUUGAUGAGUAUUCUCGUUUUCCUGAAAUCGAUAUUACUACGUCCACGUCUGCCAAAGCCACGUUGCCGAAGCUCGAUCGCAUCUUAUCCUCAUUUGGAAUUCCCAUCAGUAUUAAAACAAAUAACGGGCCACCUUUCACGUCUAAGGCGUUUAACGACUAUUGUCGUCUUAUGGGAAUUAAGCACCAGUCCAUUACUCCCAGACAUCCACGGGCCAAUGGUUUAGUGGAAAAUUUUAAUCGUAUGGUCAAAAAAGUUACACGUACGGCAGUCAUCGAACGUAAGUCGUGGAAACAGGAACUAUACACAUUUCUAAGGAGUUAUCGAGCGACUCCACACUCCACAACGGGCGAAAGUCCAGCUAAUCUUCUGUUUUAG